AUGGCUUCUUGUUUUCUGUUCACAGUGGAGAAUUACGAGAAGGGAGAGGUGGUGGCCGUACCAGAUGACACCCCCACCCCCUGGGGGGACGACGUUCUGGAGAUGAAGGUCCAGCACGGCAGCAAAGUUCGCAACCUCAUGGGGUUCGCCGUCAGGAAGUUCAAGGAUGAGACAGUGAGACAGAUUGUGUGGUCAGGUUCAGACAAGGCCAUCUCCAAGACUGUCACAUGUGCAGAGAUACUCAAGAGGAAGUUCAAGAAUAUUCAUCAAAUAACCAAGAUUAGAUAUAAAAUAGUUGAAGAAAUCUGGGAACCGAAGAUGGAAGGGCUUGACAGGUUGAAGGUGAAGAGACAGAUACCUGCAAUCUCCAUUCUUCUGUCAAAGGAUGCCCUGGACAAAGAUGAACAAGGUUACCAGGCUCCAGGAACCUAUGACUCACUGUGGAACCCAGCAUCUCAACAGACCAGGUCCAAACCGGGCAAGAAGAGGGGACCACCCAGUAAUGCUAGAGGAGUGGGGCAGAAGUCCAAAUCCCCCAAACCUGAUGGAACUCCCAGUAGUAAGAAACAAGGGGGGAGGGGCCAAGGGAGAGGGGGAGACAGACAGCAGGGGAAAGUACAAGACAGAGGGCAGCAGAAAGAUUAGUUACAUGAUAGACUAACAUUACAACAUAAAUGUAUAAAUGGUACAUAUGUAUUUGUACAUAAACCUUAUGAUCAUCAAAAACAUGUUUCAAACUACUGAGUAUAUGCUUCUCAGGAGUUUUCUUUGUCAAAUAGUGAGGACACAAUGAUAUGAUUAGUUUGCACAGCUUGGUUGUAGCUGUGAACGAAGUUGUACAUUAGAUCCCAUCAGAAGUCUUCACUCGCAAAAAUGAAGAUA